AUGCCCACAAAAGUGAUAACAGCAGUUGGGGAAACAGAAAACUUUGCAGUUAGUGUUGGAUUACACCAGGGAUCAGCAUUAAGGCCACUUUUGUUUGUGCUGGUCAUGGAUGUGUUGAGUGAAGCAAUCAGGAAUGAAGAGCUGUGGGAAUUGUUGUACGCCGAUGAUCUGGUGAUAAUUGCUGAAAAUGAGGAGGACCUACAGAGAAGGGUUGGAGAGUGGCAUGAAUCUUUAGAGAGGUGGCUUAAAGACAGAGUGACGGAGUUAGAUACACCCAUGGCUAGCGACUCGGAGGAAAUCAGAUGGAUUGACCGAAUCCGGGCUAUAACCUUCAGAGAGGCCAGGGAUGCUGGCACAUCCUGCAUUUCACGUUCCUGGAUGAGUGAGAAUAUUGGAAGGCCUGAAGAAGAGCAAGCUGUCAGUCAUGUCCCCCAUUUUGCUCAGAAUUCUUUCACUGCUGAAUAUUUGAUCAGGAUGUGCUUUGUUUGCUGGGAUCAUCAUUUUGAUGAUAUCAGUCUGAGGUUUGGCAAGUGCAAUUAA